AGCCCGUGUUUUACGCGAAGGAUUGUGACGCUAGUUUAAUGGUUUGAUGGUUUGAUGGUUUGAUGGACGCGUACCUAGUGGGAUUUAGAAACGAAUUAUGUUGGGGAUAAUCAAGAGUACUGGUCGGUCUGGGGUUGAUUUAAAGCCACUAUCACUCUCGCUUUCCUAUACACACCACUCACCAACUCAACCAUCCCAAACCACAACCAACACCUCAAAAUGACGACCUCCACAGCCCUGACCCUCUACCGACCCUCCGACCCGAUUCCCUCGUCAACCCUAACUACCACCCCCCGCGCCAAUAGCCUCAUUUCCUCGCGUCUCUUCAGCCAACAAACUGGUACAGCGAUCGCAACCGAGCUCCUCUACCGCAUUCUCAUCGAGCUGUUGAACCGACUCUUCUGUACCCUCCAACGUUUUGCUUCAGAGCGCCUGGACAAACUCUCCAGCUUCCUUGAACAGCGGGCACAGGAAAGGCGAGAGGCGAGAGUGGUGGCUGCUGAGGCUGCGAAGAUGGAGAAAGGUGCGAUAGGUGGUGGCGGGGGAGGAGGGUUAGGCAUCGUUGAGGAAAUCAACAAACUCUCAUCUUCCCGUGGCGAGGGUUUUGGCUUUGGGCCGGGAGUGGCGUGUCCGAUUACUACAAGUGGAAGCGCUGGAACAAAUGGGAAGGAGCUACCGAAGUGGAUGAAGAAGCGGGGCAUAAAUGAACCACCAAAGCCUCCGAGGUGGGUUAAGAGUGUUUUUGAAGGGAUUGGAGAGGGGCGGUUGGAGGUGAGCGAUUUUUGGAUGAACACUCAUAUGGGGUGAUGAGAUGAUGGUUGUUGCAUAGAAAAUAUAUUAAAAGACGACGGGAGAUGGAAGCCGCUCUAGGAUGUAGAGGCUACAGUCGGCCUUCUUAGGUGUCUGGCAUUGCGAAGCCGUCUCCGGGCUAGCGUUGCGCCUGACUAGGAGAAAGCGGUGGUUGUAUGGUAGAAGAGGCGAUAGAAUUUGGCGUGGUACACGAAGGGGCAUGAUAGUGUCUGGUUUAGGAUAGAGGUUCAUACCCUCCUGAUACUCUCCUCAGUUCUAGCAAUAGGGUUGAAGGAUCGAAGUCAAAGUUUCGGACCCGGUGUCACUAUGUAUUAGAUGGUUAGCAGGGUCGACUUUAAAUAGGAGGCUUCUUGACGUGGCAUCAUUCUUUUGGAGAAAGAUAGGAAGUAGGGCACUUUACGUUUGUAAAUUCAGAGCGUGUCACGCAUUCAAUAAUGAAUUAAGGGAGUUUGGAGGAAGA